UACCCAGGGUAGUUCCCAUGGUUACACUGUGUCUCCGACUGACGGAAUCUUUCUCUUUAUUGACAGCCGCCAAUCGUUAAACAACGUUGAUUUCAAACAUAUCAAUGUGUUGACUCGAAGGUCUUUUUUCUGUCUGUGAAAGUCUGUGAAAAAGGACCAUACUGUUGUCAAGUGCGCAUGCUGAUGUCAGGAUGAAUGGUACGACUGUCCAGCCAAGCCAGGACACCAUCCAGUUCCUGCAGAAUAUAGAGCCAGAGGACCUGUCCCUGGCCACAUUUGUAGACUCGCUGGUGACCACAUCAGACACUGGGAAGGAGCUGGGAGAGUUUACAGUCAGUAUCCAGUAUGCCAAGUACAAGGGUGAGGAUGCCUACCUGGUGCACGCCAACAGUCAUGGAGCCAUAGAUAACGUGCCAUGUGGAACCUCCAUCACAGCUUAUGUCUCACCAAAGCUGGAGACUUUGGAACAACAGCACCAUGAGUAUGUCAAACUUGCUGAUCACCCGUUGGAUCGAAAAACCUUCAUCGUCAUUCAGGACGACAAGAUGGUCAUCAACAAAGUAGUGACACAAGGAGAGGAAGUCAGCAGAGGAGCUGAGACCUUUGAUCUGUCAACCAUGAAGGGGUUUAUAUCAGAGGGAUCUAACCUGCUGCUGCAGCGUAUCCUGGUGCGGAAAGGCCUCCCUAACACCCUGACCUUCCUGUCAUUCGACUCAGAAACAAACCUUUGCACUACAACAUACAAAUCCCUGGAGGAGAGAAGGGAGACAGUAGGUAAGGAGGAGGUUGAGGUUGUUGGGAUUGAGCGGACGAUCCACUCCACCGCUGACCUGCCCACCACAUGGCAGUCCUACUUCCUCAGGGACGGGCAUCUCUGUAACAGGGUGCAGGUAGGCUCCCCUGUCACCAUGAAACUCCUGAGGAUGCCUCGUAUCAUGGAGAAAGAAGAGCCAAGUGAGAGACCAGUGUUUGAGAAGAAGGGUUUGGACAUCAAUGAGGACAUGCAGUUGUUCUCCAUGUUCCUGGAUAGGAAGGACCAGUUGAAGAAUGACCACACCAUGUACAUGAGGCACCACCCUGAGCUACAGGCCAUCCUGGCAGACUUCCUCCAGUUUUUACUUCUCAGGAAGCCAGAAGACAUUUUCCCCUUCGCUGUAGACUACUUCUCCUCCUUCUCCUCACAACUGCCCUCCCACAGUCCGUAUGCAAAGUCAUCCGAGAUCCCACCCAAGCCUCAGAAAGUCGACACACACUUACCUCCUCCACCUUUUCCUUAAGUGUGUAACAAGAAAGGGACUUCCAGUUUUCACAUACAUGUGUACCGGGUGUUUACUUUUCAGUGUACUUCAAGAAAUGUGAAUAUUCUCACUAGAAUUUCUUACCACUGUUGCAAUUCUUUGAAAUACUUGAAGAAAGAAUGUAAGUUCAAAAUGGCACGAAACUUUCAAAGGUGCUUCACUUCCUUAGUAUGAACCAUCCACCACAAUCAGAAAUCACUAUAAGGCCACAGCAAGUAAUUUUUAUGGAUGGCAUCAGCAUUUCCACUUAAUCAAAACCAUUUGUACAAUGAUUGAAAACUUUUCUUUUUCAAAGUUGUUUCAGUAACAAAUGGAUGUUGUGAUAGUUGGCAGUUAAGUUAGCACGAUAUAGGUAUCAUUUCUUGUUCAACAGCGUUUAUGAUGUCAAAAUUUGAAAAGAUAGGAAUCUUUUUAUUUUGCCCGUCUUGGUUUUUUUCUUGCCCUCUCGCAUUAGAUUUGGAGUCUGCGAAGGAUGUCAUCCAUAAAAUUUACUUACUGUGGCCUAAGGUGCUUAUAUCCAAGGUGACAUGCUAUUAUUUGUUUUAUCUCUCUGUAUAUCUCUUUUUGCAGCCUUUAGAUAGCUCAAUUAGUUGAAUUGUCCUUGCGUAAGACAAACCGUAAAAUAAGAAGUUUGUGUUCUCUCUCUGGUUUAUCUGAUAUCAGCAGUGAUAACAAUUGUUGUGAAAGUUGUUCACGACAACCUUGUGGUUUAUGUGAUCUACAUUUCAUCAAUAUUGUUAGACUUAGAAGACAAAAACACUGGACAAUUUCCAUCUGUGUUUGACCAGAUAUUUUAUGGAUAAUUUAGUCAAGAUUUAGUCUAUACAUGAUGCAUUUAUAAGCUAUAUUUUUGCUUGACUGCAUUGGAUUUGACUCAACUGUAACUUCUGUAUUUGAUUCAUUGAUAUCCCAAUAGUAGUAGAUUGGAUCUGAUGUGUUGGUCAUGUACAUUGUUCUUAAGUUACUUCAUCUCGUUGUAGAUAUGUUGAUGUGUGAUAUAUAAUAAAAUCUUUGUGUCUGGGUGUUCAGUAGAACCAUGUAGAACAGACUAAUGACAAGUUGUAAUUA